AUGAGUGCUAUAUACAAAUUGUCUAUUCAGGGGAUUCGAUCCUUUGAUUCCAAUGAUAGAGAAACGAUACAAUUUGGUAAACCGCUGACACUGAUUGUUGGUAGUAAUGGAUCAGGGAAGACGACCAUAAUUGAGUGUUUGAAAUAUGCAACUACUGGAGAUUUACCACCAAAUAGUAAAGGGGGAGCAUUUGUUCAUGAUCCCAAGAUUACGGGUGAAAAGGACGUCAGAGCGCAGGUAAAACUGGCUUUUACCAGUGCUAAUGCUUUAAACAUGAUUGUAACUAGAAACAUCCAAUUGUUAACGAAAAAGACUACGGCGACAUUCAAGACCCUAGAGGGUCAAUUAGUGAUUGUAAAUGGUAAUGGUGACAGGAAUACGCUGGGCACUAGAUCACUAGAAUUAGAUGCACAAGUUCCAUUAUAUUUGGGGGUACCGAAGGCAAUUUUGGAAUACGUUAUAUUUUGUCAUCAAGAGGAUAGUCUCUGGCCCUUAAGUGAACCAUCAAAUUUGAAGAAAAAAUUCGAUGAGAUUUUUCAAGCUAUGAAAUUUACUAGGGCGUUAGAUAAUUUGAAAGGAAUAAAAAAAGAUAUGACAGUGGAUAUUAAAUUAUUGAAGCAAGCAGUUGAACAUUUGAAGGUGGAUAAAGAUAGAUCCAGAGUAAUGACAAUGAAUAUUACGCGAUUACAAGCGAAAUCGGAAGAAUAUCAGGCACAAGUUAAAGAAGUGGAAAAGCAGUUGAAGGAUAUAACCGAACAAUCUGAUAAACUAUUUAAAUCAAACCAAGAUUUUCAAAAAGUUCUGAGUAAGUUGGAAAGUUUGAAAAAUAGUCAACAAUCAAAAUUGGAGCAAAUCGAUAGGUUAUCGAAUUCGAUUGAUCCAAUUGAUCUGGGUAAAGAGGAAUUGGAGAACCUUUUAUCAAAUUUUUCUAGCUCUUUAACAGAAAAAGAAGAGGAAUUGAGAUCUAUGGAAAAGUCGUUGAGAGAAUCCAAGGCCAAAGCCGCUGGUAUACAGAAUAAGUGUAAUUCUUUAAUGCAGAGACAAGGUGAAUUGAGUGCUUCAAAGGAAAAUCACGAAAGGAAUAAAAGCGUACUAAGGGAAUUACAACGUGAAUUACAGACAUCAUAUGCAUUGAGUGGCUUCACAGAAAAUUUGGACGAUUUUGCUCAUUCUUUAAAAGAAUUAGUUCACAAGACAGAAAAUAACUUACUCAACUUUACUCAUAGCAACAAAUCUGAACUAAAUUCCUCAAACAAUGAAUUAUCUGAAUUAAAUAACUCCUUGAUUGUACAAACUCAAAGAUUGGAUUAUUCCAAAAUGGAUAAACAGAAACUAGCAAGUGAGAUUCAAAAUUUAGAGUUACAAGUAGACAUUUCAGAUUUUACUGAUGAAGAUCUAGAAGGGGCAAGACAAGAUUUGAAUAAAUUUAGUGAAAAAUUAAAAGAUUGGGAAAAGCAAGGUUUAGUUUCAUCAAUAUCACAGCAGAUCAAGGAAAAAAAUGAGCAGAUGCUUAUUUUGGAAUAUGAAAUAGAAGAGCUACAAGUUAAAAUAUCGAGAACAAACCAACAAGCUGAUCUUUUCGCUAAAUUAGGGUUAUUGAAAAAAUCUUUACAAGAUAGACAACUUGAACUGGGAAAAUUCACCCAAAGUUUCAAAAUGGACUCUAAAUCAAAAGAGUGGGGGUUACAAUGUGGUCAUGAUGUGGAUAUGGACUUUAAAAAAUUUUAUAUCAAUAUGCAAAAGAAUUUGAGUACCAAGAGCCGCCAACAGAAUGAGCUUGACAAAAAAUUCAUGGAGGGAUCUUUGCAAUUGACCAAUACAGAAAUGGACUUGCGAAAAAACGAAGAGUUUAUCAUAAACGCUACGAAGCAUUUACAAGAAUCCUUACCCGAGGACUGUACUAUUGAUGACUACACUGAGGUUGUGGCAGAAGCUGAAGCAUCUUAUCGUACAGCGCUGGAAAAUUUAAAGAUACAUCAAACCACACUGGAGUUCAAUAAAAAGGCUUUAGAAGUCGCAAAGACCGAAAGUUGUUGUUAUUUGUGCACUAGGAAAUUCGAUGACGAAGGAUUUAAAAGUAGUAUUCUCUUGAGAUUGCAAGAAAAAACAGAUGGUAAAUUUAAUACCAUUUUAAAAGAAAGUUUGGAAAGUGAAAAAGAGUAUUUGAAUUCUCUGAGGAAUUUGGAGAAGGAUGUCAUAUCAUUGAAUGAUUCCAGGUCAAGAAUUACAGGAUUGAGUGAUAAAGUGACUGAUAUGCGCAAUAGAAAUGUGAAGAUGAGAGAAGAAUUGGAUACUGUGAAUAAGGAGCUGGAAUCAAUGAAAGAAGAUAAAGAUCAUGCUGAGAAGGAGGUACGGCCCUUGGUGGAAAAUAUAGUACGCCUGAGAAAGGCAUCGAACGAACUGGAAAGUGAUAUUAAAUCAAUCACUGAUGAACUUGCGAUAUACAGAAGUUCCGAAGGCAAAGUGGAAACUGUGGAAGAAUUACAGAAUGAGCAACGAAACAAGAAUGAGAGUUUACGGAGGUUGAGAAAAGAGGUUGGACAAUUACAAGAUGAAAGAGAGACUAAAUCAAAGGAACAUUCAAAUCUUCUAAACUUAAUUAGGGAAAAAGAUUUGAAAAUAUCUGAGAUUGAAAAAUCUAUUUCAAUGAGGAAAAAUCUAGAAUCAGAUCUCGAUAACAAGAAGAAUCAACUAAAGGUGUUGGAAGAAACCGUUAAAAAAUUAGAAGGUGAUGUGAAAGAAGGAAGUAGAAAGGUAAAUUCUCUUAAGGUCGAUUUAGAAAGGAAAACCCAUGAUUUUGAGAAAUCCUUAGAUGAGAACAAUAAAGAAUUUAAAGCCAUGGUCUUAAAUAAUGAAAGGUUUAUCUCCAUAAAUCAACAAGUGAAAGGUUUUACCGCCAGCGUCCCCCUUGAAUAUGAAAAGUGCGUAGCAGAACUGGAAUCUGCGAAAAAGCAACUUGUGGAUUUGGAUCAUAUAAAUGAAAAUAUGAACUCAGGUAUAACAGAGCUUGCGAAAAAACUGAACGAUUCUAACAGGGAAAAACGGAAUCUGAAGGAAAACUUGGAUCUAAUGGAACUAAGGGCAGAUUUGAGUUCGAUCGAAAGGCAAAUAGACGAACUUGACAUACAAAACGCUGAAGCUGAACGUGAUAGAUACCAACAGGAGUCCAUGCGCCUGAGAAGUCAAUUUGAAAGAUUGAGUUCUGAAAACGCUGGCAAAUUAGGUGAACGGAAACAAUUGCAAAACCAAAUUGAUUCCAUGCAGCAGCAGCUACGGACUGAUUAUAAAGAUGUAGAUGUGAAAUAUCAAAAACAGUGGGUUGAACUACAAGCGAAGACCUUUGUCACUGAUGAUAUUGAUACUUACUCGAAUGCUCUGGAUAGUGCAAUCAUGAGAUAUCAUAAGUUGAAGAUGGAGGAUAUCAACAGGAUUAUUGAUGAAUUAUGGAAACGAACCUACAGUGGUACAGAUGUAGAUACGAUUCAACUACGUUCCGAGGAGGUCGGCAGCGGUGUAAAAAUGAAAUCUUACAAUUACAGAGUGGUUAUGUUUAAGCAAGACGCUGAACUUGAUAUGAGGGGCCGUUGCUCCGCCGGCCAAAAAGUUUUAGCGUCUAUUAUAAUCAGAUUGGCAUUGUCAGAAACUUUUGGUGUGAAUUGUGGUGUUAUUGCAUUGGAUGAACCUACGACGAAUUUGGACGAGGAAAACAUCGAAAGUUUGGCCAGAUCUCUUCACAACAUUAUUGAAUUGCGUAGGCAUCAAAAGAAUUUUCAGUUGAUUGUUAUUACUCAUGAUGAGAAAUUCCUAAACCAUAUGGAUGCCUCACAGUUUACUGAUCAUUUUUUUAAAGUUAAGCGCGAUGAUAGACAAAAGUCACAAAUAGAAUGGGUUGAUAUAAAUAAAGUUACAGAUUAG